UCACAAUUUCCAGAUUCUUCUAGAGAAGAGAAUAGAAAGAAACCGGUUUUGGAAAGACUUGGAAAUUUGUUUGGUACGGGGAAAAGGAAGAACGUCAGAAGUUCAGUAGAACACACUUCGUAUCGGAAGGGGGAGAGGUCAGUCUCUCCUCACAGAGCGCAGCCGAUAUACUGUAGGCACAUAAAGGAAGGACACGAAGCUCCUCAAGUGCAGCAGCAAGUGAGAAACGUGAGCGCCGUUUGUGAGACGCAGGAGUAUAAUUUCAGUGGGGAAGUGGGACCGCUGUAUCGCGACACCAUUUCGGAAUGGAGUAGUAGGGGAGUCUCUUCUGACAGCGAGUGGUCGGCAGACUGGAGCGGCAGCAGUGAAACCAUUAAAAACUCUUUCUUUGAGAGCAGCCUGAAUGUGGAAAUCCUUGAACCGGAGAAAGAAUCAAUCACAGAUAUAAAUAAUUCCACAACUCCAGAUUUCAUAAAGAGCUUGAGACAUUUGUCUAGUGAAGACUUAGAAAAGAGUAUCUUAAGCCACAAGCAACUUGUGAACACGUGGGUGUCUGAGGAGCCUGGGCAUGCAAAACCAAAGGAUUUGCCAUACGAGUUGGAAUCUGCGGCGAGUGAACACAUACAUUCUGCUAGAGUGUUAACAGUUGAUAUCUAUCUGAGAAAAACAGACGAGCUCCUUAAUGAACCAGUGACUGUUACAUCAGAAGAAAACUGUAGUGACUCGGACACCAUGGAUAAAAAAUCUGCCAAUAAAAGAUCUGGAAAAAGGAGAAAAUCUCAGUCGUCCAGUGACAUUCCAAAUGGAGAGAGAAACCAGACUGAGGCUACUGCAAGAGAAGAAUCUGUUUUUGAGGAUGAUGUCCCUUUUGAGGUAUUUUCAGACAAGAUAAUAAACUCGGAGAGAAAGGUGAAGUCUCCUCAGCAGACUCCUGAAAGAAAUUCCUCUUCCCCAGGUAAUAAUCAGGAUCUAAAAGUUGGAUCUGCUCACAAAGGGGCAUCUAAAACUGAAGUUGACAAAGGCAAGCAGCAGAUCUCAAACACAACCCCAGCAAGGAGAAGAUCAUAUAAAAAGAGUCAGUCAGACACUGGCCCUGUUUCCCCUACUGGUUUGAAGGGUCAGGUGAAAGAUUACUCCUCAAAAAGACAACCUUUAGCAUCACCAGAGAGUAACCAAAUGUCAAAAAGAACUUCGGUGGAAAAGGGAGCUGUACCUGUGGCUUUUGGGGAAGACAGCUUGGAGACUCCCAAAGUUUCUUUGGCUGAUAAGACGGAAGACACUGCAUUGGUGUUUGCUGAAGGCAGAAAUGAGACCAAGGCAGUAAAGCAUGGUAAUGGUUCAGAUGGAAGAGCUUUCUUGCGUACUGAUGGGAUUAAAAAUGGAGACCUGUGUAUGCCAGCGGAGAGACAGACAAAUUCUGAUUUAGACAGCUUGAAGCUGAAGAGUUUGGAUGCUUCCAGAACAGUCACAACAAAGAUUAGCCUUCCAGCCAAACCGAAGAAUGUAGAGCUGAAUUUUAAAGCACCUACGAAUCAAGACAGUUUAGAAAGUGAGCAGGAUACUCUUGAAAAACCAGUUAAUAAAACUAACAGCAGCAUUGCCAACAAAAUUUCCUUGUUUGAAAAUAAAUGCGCUAACCAGAGCCAGAGGCCUACUGACAUCCCUGCCUCAAAAAAUAGUACCGUACCAAGCACAUUUGUUGGCAGAGCAAAGCUGAAAUUUGGAAAACAACUCAAGGAAAGUGAACAGCCUGAUAAAAUGUUAAAUAAGCAAAGCAGUCGCCAGAAGUUAUUUGAGAAUGGCAUACCAGAGAAAGAAAGCACUGCAGAAUUAAAAGGCAAAAAUGAAGAAGGCUCUGCCUCUUAUGAGGAUACUGGGAAGACAACAGAACUUAAAGUAAAAGCUGCAAUAUCCCUUUUUAACCAAAGCAGCAAAAUUGAUGCUAGUAGUGUUUCUCUGAAGCAACCCGAUCCAGAAUUAACCACAACUAAAAAAGAAAGUUCACCUUUCAAACUGUCUUUGCAUUUGCCUAGUAAAAGUGAAAAUGCUCCAGAUGCUUCCAAUCAAAAAAAUAACACAAGCUCAGAAUGCCAAAGAAAUAACACAAGCUCAGAACUCCCCAGAAAUGAAGAAAAGAUGCUGCCAAGCACAGAAAUUUUAUCACCUGGCAGUGAUGAUAAAUGUCCUCUACCAUCUCACCAGGUUUCUAAAUCAGAAUUUAAGAAGAUGGAAAAUGGCGAUAAAAAGACAAAACCAGGAGAAUUGAGCUUUGCAGCACUGCAGUGUGAUGACAGCGGUCAAGAUAGUAUAUUGAUAUCAGAGCAAGACAGCAAUACACAGAACAGCCCGGGCAAAACUUGUAAUGGAUCUGCUGAGGAUGAUAGCAUUUUUGAUUCCCCAUCCGACAUGAAGAAGUUUGCUGAAACAAUAAAAAACUUGGACAGCUCAGUUUGUUUAACCCAGAAAAAGAAAAGAUCAAAGCUUCCCAAGUCCCCAGCACCCCACUUCGCAAUGCCCCCCAUUCAUGAAGACAACUUAGAGAAAGUGUUUGAUCCCAGUGUGUUUACUUUUGGUUUGGGUGUGAGGAGGGAAAAAACACAGGAUCUGUUACCAGCCCAACAAAUUAAAAUGCAAAGCCUGGACACAAUAGCCAGAGUGAGGCCCAAGCGUGCAUCAACAGAGCAAAGUAUCAUAUUCAAAGCCCUGCAGUCAUGUAACAGAGAGGAACCUGCCUUUACUCAGGAAGUAAAUGGAAAAGAGAACACCGAUGCUACAGAUGGUGAAAUUAAGAGAUCCCGGCUUGAAAAAAGCUCCCUCUUCUCAAGCUUGUUGUCUUCUACAUCUAAAGAAAGAGUUUUUAAUCCUUCUGUUACCUCAGUAAAUAAUACGGCAACAGCUUUUACAACUGACUCCUCAGGGAUGCCUCCUUUACAACAGGAUGCUUCUGGCCCUUCUGGCAUGCCUCAAAAAUCCGAGUCUCUUUCAGAUAUGAAGUUUCCAAGUUUUGUGGAGAAGUACACACAAGCAGAUAGUGCAAAAAAAGAACUAAGUUUGCAAAUGCCCAACUAUGGGAACACUGAGAAGAACUUUUCCAACUGGUUAGGGACAAGCAGAUACGAAUCAAAUGUCCCCAGUGGUUUAUUGGAUGUGGAUGCACUUUCAAGAAAUGGACAAAGUAAAAUCAAUCCCAGACCUGGCAAGCUGGUGAUAUACUGUGAAUCAGACUAUCAAAAAAAUGGUAUUGAAGUUUUCCAUGAUGUUCUGGAUUGCAGUUCUUGGAUACUGUCACCAACAAUUUUAGUUAAAGUCGUCAGAGGAUGCUGGAUACUCUAUGAGAAACCAAAUUUUGAAGGCCCAUCUAUUCCCCUGGAAGAAGGAGAGGUGGAAUUCCCAGAUAUUUGGGGUGGAGGUACUGCUGAAGAACAAAAUGAAUGCAAAUCUCUAAAGCCUGCAGUGAUUGGUUCAAUAAGGCAUGUUGUUAAGGAUUACAGGGUUUGCCGAAUUGAUUUGUAUACAGAACCUGAAGGGUUAGGAAUCGUGACUUCCUUUUUUGACGACACUGAAGAAACAGGGGUGUUUGGCACAACGCAGAAGACUUGUUCUAUCAAAGUACACUGGGGCGUAUGGCUAAUUUAUGAAGAACCUGGUUUCCAGGGAGUCCCUUUAAUGUUGGAGCCUGGUGAAUAUCCUAAUUUAGCGUUCUGGGAGAAGAAGGAAGCCUACAUCAGGUCCAUGAGGCCCUUGAAAAUGGGUGGUCGCAAAGUUGAAUUCAGUGGAGAGCCAAAGGUAAUCAUUUAUGAGAAGCCUUUUUUUGAAGGGAGACAUGUGGAAGUAGAAUCAGAGAUUUUUAUGCUUGAUGACAAGAAAUCAGAAGAAAAGACAAGACUUCCACUUACAUCAGUGGGAUCCAUGAAAGUGCUGGGAGGAGUUUGGGUUGCUUAUGAGAAGCCUGGGUUUGAAGGCCAUCAGUACUUGCUGGAGGAAGGAGCGUAUCGGGAUUGGAUGGACUGGGGUGGCUAUGAUGAACAGUUGCAGUCGCUGCGACCGAUUGUUGGCGACUUCACAAGCUCCCAUAUGAUAAUGUACAGUGAAAAGGACUUUGGAUCAAAGGGUUCCAAUAUUAAUGUGUUGGGAAUUAUUUCCAAUCUGAAGGACACUGGAUAUGGGCUGAGGACACAGUCUAUAAAUGUGCUAAGUGGCGUGUGGGUGGCUUACGAGAAUCCUGAGUUUACAGGGGAGCAGUAUAUACUGGCUAAAGGGCUAUAUCCCAGCAUUGAGGCAUGGGGGGGAAAGAAUUGCAAAAUAUCUUCAGUUCAGCCCAUCGUUAUGGAUAUUGUUGGAAGUGAAAGGGGUAAAGUCAAGGUCCAGUUAUUUUCAGAGCCUGAUUUCAAGGGUAACUGCCAAAUAUUUGAAAAAAACACAAGAUGUAUUGCUUCAUUUGCUGUGAAAUCUUCAAAAAUUUUAGAUGGCAGCUGCAUAAUGUAUGACCAAGAAGAAUUCUCCGGUAACCAGUAUGUGUUAGAAGAAGGAAUCUAUCCUGAUCUGAUGGCGAUGGGUUGUCCACCCGACGCAGUUCUAAAAUCUUUACGGAUUAUAAAUAUUGAGCUGUCUGAGCCGUGCAUAGUUCUGUUUGAAAAAGUGGGUUUCCAAGGAAAGAAAGUAGAAUUCAGUACAGAAAUCUUAAAUCUCCAGUUCCUGGGAUACAGUCCUCGAAUAGCUUCAGUUCAAGUCCUUGGUGGCAUAUGGGUAAUUUAUGAGCAUAGUAAUUACAGGGGGCGUCAGAUGUUGUUAUCACCGAAUGAAAUUCCAGAUUGGUAUAAAGUGAGUGGCUAUUGUCAGAUAGGUUCUCUGAGACCUUUACUGCAGAAACGUGUGUACUUCAGGCUUCGAAACAAGGAAACAGGAAAAUUCAUGUCAGCUGAUGGAAACUUAGACAAUCUGAAUCUUCUCAGAAUACAGGUUGCAGAAGACACAGACUCAGAUGAUCAAAUCUGGGUUUAUCAGGAUGGAUUCAUAAAGUGCCGGAUGGCAGAGGAUUGCUGCUUGACAAUUGUUGGAAAUCUUAUAACUCCUGGCUCUAAACUCGGUCUGUCAUUUGAGCGGAAUGAAGACAAACAAUAUUGGCAUAUUAGUCCCGAUGGCAGGAUUUACAGCAAGAUGAAACCCAAGCUGGUUUUAGAUAUCAAAGGGGGUGCACAAUAUGAUCGCGACCAUGUUGUUGUCAACGCAGUCAACGAAGAAAAGUUAACGCAGUGUUGGGAACCACUAGUUGUGUAA